UCUCACACACUCUCACACUCUCCUUUCAGAACUGGACAAUAAAGACGGAGCUAAACUGUUCAGUAAGCAGCCCAACAGGAUCCAGCGAGUGGCUCGAGGGUCGGGGGUCGCCACCAGAGACGUCCAGGAGCUGCUGACUCAGUACACCAAGUUCGCCCAGAUGGUGAAGAAGAUGGGGGGCAUUAAAGGACUCUUUAAAGGAGGAGACAUGUCAAAGAACGUGAACCCGUCUCAGAUGGCCAAACUGAACCAGCAGAUGGCCAAAAUGAUGGACCCCAGAGUCCUGCACCACAUGGGUGGUAUGGCGGGUCUUCAGUCGAUGAUGCGUCAGUUCCAGCAGGGAGCCGCCGGCAACAUGAAAGGCAUGAUGGGAUUCAACAACAUGUGACCACCGACCAACCAGCUGCCUUAAAAUAUUAAAAACUUAACAUGAAAGCUCCGCCUCCUGACAGGUACAGGUGGAGAGGGGCGGGGCUUAGAGAGGGAGAGAGAGAGAGAGAGAGAGCAGGACGUGUAGAGAACCAAAAUAAAAGCAGGGUUUCGGUCGUUUCCUUUGCUGCUUUUCACAAGAAAAUAAAAAAUUCUGCUUUUAGAAAAACUGCCAGAAAAAGUUUAAAGGAGCAGUUCAUCGUUACAGGAAGCUUCUUCUUCUGUUCCCUUUUCAAACUAUCCGUCUGCCAGCGCCGGACUGCUCCUUUAAACGAUGAAGAGGAGGGUGAGGAGGAAGAUGAGCUGGUUGUUUUUGGUCCUGGUUAAUUUAAUUCUGUAUAAGAUGUUUGUGUAUAAGAUUUAAACAAAGCAGAGUCUCAUCCUGAUUGGAUGAGGAGACGCCACAUGAUGAUGAUGAUGAUGAUGAUGAUGAAGAUGAAUAUAACAUUAGUUAGUGACAGUAUUUUUGUCAUAUAAUAAACAUUUGUAUUGCACCAUUUUAAA